AUGUCUGAGAAGUCCAGCAUUUCCACUAAAAUCAGUGAUUUUAGUGCCGACUCCGUUACGACUGGCGGUCGUCCCGACGGUUCGUCCAACUUCCGUACCGUCAUCAACUUCGCUCUAGUCGCUGUCGGUGUUGGUAUUCUUGCUUUACCACGUGCUAUUGCCCAAGGUGGUUGGAUCCUAGGCAGUGUUCUACUCGCAGUAGCAUGGAGUGUUGCUCAAUAUGGAACGUAUUUGCUUUAUCGUUGUAUGUACAUGCACCCUAAAGGUGAGGAAAGGUUCGACUCUUUUCAAGCCAUUGGUAAAGCAUGUUUCGGUAAACCCGGUGAGAUCUUCACCGCAUUCGUCCAGUAUCUGGAUUUACUUCUGGUAUGUUCUCUACUUGUCAUUCUAGUCGGUGAUGGUAUGUACGAGUUGGUCCCCCAACUAGACCGUAUUUGGUGGUGUGUCAUAUUCGUAUGUGUUAUGUUACCAUUGGCUAUGUUGCCCACUAUGAAGGAGGUAGCUUUCGUUUCCUUCAUUGGUAUCACUGCUGCCUUUGUUACUGUCAUUGCUGUCAUUGGUGCUUCUGUAAGAGAGUCAUCUGAUCCGAUCAAGGAGCACGAGCAUUACCUCAUGCCUCAGAACGCCAGUACAGCCGUUCUUGCAUUCACCAACUUCAUGAACGCCUUUGCUGUUACUACUGUUGUUCCGACACUUGUCGAUAACAUGCAAAAACCUAAGCAAUUUCCUCGUGUGUUAGCCGCCGGUUUCUUCGUGAUUGUUGCCAUUUUCGCUGCAAUUGCAUAUUCUGGUUAUGCAGGCUUUGGCCACGAUCUCCUCGACUACCCCAACAUCACCUACGCUAUUGCCUAUGGUCGUUCUCGUGGUGACUGGUUGGUUAUCAUCGUUCAAGUGGCUAUUGAAGUCGUUUGCUUUUCUCACUUCUUGGUAAUGUUCAACCCGGUCUGUGUCGGUGUUGAGGAUGCUCUUGAGGCGAUUCAUGGUGGCAAGGUUCGUCAUUGGAUUAAAAUGAUCUCUCGUGCUAUUCUUAUGGUCAUUUGUUUCGUCAUCGCCGUCAGUGUACCUGGUUUCGGUUCUCUCGUUGAUCUCAUUGGUGCUACUGCUGUUAUGUUGCUUCAAAUUGUAUUUCCUGUUGUAUUCUUCCUAGUCCUUGAGAGGAAGCGUGUUAAGAUCGGCUUCAAGUCUGCAUUUGGUAGUGUUGUUUCCAAAUACGUGCAAUACGUGGUGAUGGCUAUAUGUCUAGUACUUGCUAUCAUUGGUAUGAUAUUUGGUACAUGGUCUGCUAUCACUAACUGGUAAACAACUCUAAUUUUGUGACUUUGAUUGAGUACAGGUGUUCGUUGUUCAAUCUGCCUACUCUUAACACUACUUCUACCACUCUUACUCCUACUAAUACUACAACAGCUGUCCUAGUGGGCGAGUUCGGCUCGAAAAGCCAACUGCCCACGUUUCUCAAAUUGUUUUCCGUAAAAACUCAUAUGUCGUCAUCUUAGCAGUUGCCAUUGCGAUGGUUACCGCUGAUUAAGCAGUCAAAAGUCAUACGAUUGUUGUCUAGUCGUCAAACAUCUUCUGUUCUAUUAUUAUUCGAUUCCUAUCAUUCCUCCCAAAUUGUCGGAACCUUUUCGUUCAACAAAGGUGGUCGUCAAAUAGAAGACCAUCUCGUUAUCGAUUAGGGAAGUUAACAAUCGUGAUGACUUAA